GACAUGGAGGGAAGCGGCGCCGCUGCUACGCAUGUGCGGUGGCUGUGAUGGUGAUGGUUGGCGAGUGGAACCCAUGAGGAGCGGAGCCGGCAGCCGGAGAGCGACAUGGCGGGAGUGUUCGACAUCGAUCUGGACCCCGAGUACCAGCAGGAGGAAGGCGUCUCAGACGAGGAGUUGGAAGGGGUGCAGUACAGUGACUGCAUGGAGCAUGGAGUUCCCUUUGAACUGGAUAUGGAACACUGUGAAAAAUUUGAAAUCUCUGAAAACAAUGUGAAUAGAGGUCCAGAAAAAAUCCGACCGGAAUGCUUUGAGCUAUUGCGGGUGCUAGGCAAAGGUGGUUACGGGAAGGUUUUCCAAGUGAGGAAGGUAUCGGGUGCAUAUACAGGAAAGAUAUUUGCCAUGAAAGUGCUAAAGAAGGCAAUGAUUGUUCGUAAUGCAAAGGACACAGCCCAUACUAAAGCGGAGCGCAGUAUCUUGGAAGAUGUCAAGCAUCCAUUCAUCGUGGAUCUGAUGUACGCUUUCCAGACUGGGGGAAAGCUCUACCUCAUCCUUGAAUAUCUCAGUGGUGGAGAGCUCUUUAUGCAGCUGGAAAGAGAAGGAAUCUUCAUGGAAGAUACAGCUUGUUUUUAUUUAGCGGAAAUCUCGAUGGCUUUGGGGCACUUGCAUCAGAAAGGUAUUAUCUACCGUGACUUGAAGCCAGAGAACAUCAUGCUCAAUCAUCAAGGGCAUGUUAAACUAACAGAUUUUGGAUUAUGCAAAGAAUCUAUUCAUGACGGUGCUGUGACUCACACUUUCUGUGGAACGAUAGAGUACAUGGCACCAGAAAUUUUAAUGAGAAGUGGACAUAAUCGUGCUGUGGACUGGUGGAGUUUAGGAGCCCUAAUGUAUGACAUGCUGACGGGAGCACCUCCUUUCACUGGCGAGAACAGGAAGAAGACCAUCGACAAAAUCCUGAAGUGUAAACUCAAUCUGCCACCCUACCUCACACACGAAGCCAGAGACCUUCUUAAAAAGCUGCUAAAAAGGAAUGCUUCGUCGCGCCUUGGAGCUGGAGUUGGGGAUGCGACUGAUGUCCAGGCUCAUCCUUUCUUCAGACACACAAACUGGGAGGAUCUUUUAGCUCGUAGAGUUGAACCACCUUUCAAGCCAUUUCUGCAAUCAGAUGAUGAUGUCAGUCAAUUUGAUUCGAAGUUCACACGGCAGACACCUGUUGACAGCCCUGAUGACUCGACACUCAGCGAAAGUGCCAAUCAAGUCUUCCUGGGGUUCACAUACGUGGCUCCAUCAGUACUGGAGAGCGUGAAGGAAAAGUUCUCAUUUGAACCAAAAAUCCGUUCACCUCGCAGGUUUAUAGGCAGCCCUCGGACUCCGGUGAGCCCGGUCAAGUUUUCUGCUGACUGCUGGAGUCGGGGAGCCAGCGUGGAGCCACCCCGAGGGCGUGGGUCAUCGGAUUACCCAAUGGAUGUUGGGAUGGAGCAGAUGGACGUGACUGUCAGUGGAGAGGCCUCGGCUCCACUGCCCAUCCGGCAUCCUGUGGGCGUGAGUCCUGUGCCUUUCAAAAAGCAAACGUACCCCGUGCCCCCUAACAGACCAGCACACCUGCGCAUGAACCUAUGACAACAGCUGAACGUGGAAGGAAGGGAAAAUAUAACUGAUUGAAGACUGUGCGGAUGCAAGCACUAACCGAGUACAAACGGGGAAGUGUUUUUGGGGAUGGUACCAAACCUCCCUAUUUCUCUCCCUCAGCCCCUUACCAAGAAAGUCUCGGCUCAGAACCAUUAUACAAUGAAAACAUGCAUCACUGACCGAAGGGGAAUAAAAGGGAGAUUAAAAUAAUUGGCAGGGUGGUGAACAUCUUUGAGAAGCACGUACUUCAACAUUAGAGGGGCACUGAUGUCCCAUGCAGUGGUUCACCUCUUGAGGUUCUGCACAUGACAUGAACAGACAACCCCCGUGGCUCAUCGUUGUUAAUAGUGUUGAAGAAAUCUUCCCACUUAGGUGCCUGACGAACACAGUAUUACCAAAGGCAGAAGUUGCCUGAACCUCUCAAUCAAACUGAAGCUUGUGUCCGGGAGGGAGGGGUGGGGUGCAGACAAUGAUGGGUGCAUCUGCACCUCAGAUGGAAAAGACUGCACCUUGUCAUAAUGUUAUCUGAAGUCUCAGAUGCUCAGCCUGGUAUUGUAAUGCAUUGGAGCCCACAUAAAUGCAGUUUAUAGAGAGAUAUCAUGGAUUAAAAGCAAAUCUAAAUCCCACGCUGCAAUGCGUGCAUGUUGAUGCAUUAACUCUUUGGUACAUUCAAGUCUUAAAAAGCCUAAGUUUGCUUUGGGUAGACUUAAUGAUUGAAGAGGUUUAAAGUUUACCACAUUAUUUGCCUUUUUGCCUACUGCAAUUAUGCUCUUUUUCUGUAGAGUUUUCUGUAAUCACAGUACUGGAAUAGAUUUUAGUUCUGAAAGGAACACAAUUAGCGCCUGCUGAGAGUUUGCCGCCAUACGUGUGAUGGAGUGCUAGAAGCACUUUAAACUCUUGGCCAGUGUACAGUUCUAGUUCAAAUUCCAAUGCAUAUCAUCUUUGUGUGCCCCCAUUAAAUUUCUCCCUUCUGCAUCUCCUCUCAAAAUAUGUUUGUGUUGGUGUCUGCAUCAUGUAACUCUGUGGGACUGUAGGCCCUAAAGCUUAAUGUUCCUCCAACCUAAUGCUUGGAAUGAGUAUCAGGAAGACAAGGAGAAACCUCAACCCCGAGCAAUGUUUCCUUUGGGUUCGAGCAUCUCAGAGUCUGAAAUUAUCAAUUAGCACUUUCCAAAGAUGAGCCCUGAAACCGUGGUGCUGAUGUAGACAUUGCAUAGAGCGCCCUUGUAGCCACAUUUGGUUUCCCUCAGCUAAUACUUGACAGAUGUUUGCUCUGAAUCUGCCGUGCUGUGAUCUAGGCUUCUAGGUCUGAAUUGUGUGAAGUGUAGCGUGUAUUGAAUCUUGUUUUCUUAAAAGCUGCUUUUUUUUCCCCCUCUCUCUCUCUCUCUCUCUCUUCUCUAUCUCUCUCUCUAUCUCUCUAUCUCUCUCUCUCUCUCUCUAUCUCUCUCUCU